CAUUCGAAGUUGAGAGAGAAAGAGAAGAGCUUGAGAGGAAGAACGAGAGCUCGAGAAUGUCGGGAGAGAAGCCACCAGAAUGGCUUCCCGAUGGCUGGAUUAUGGAGAUUAGGAAGACGAGGACCGGCUCCAUGUACCGAUGCUACUUUGAUCCAUCUACUGGUUCAAAAUUCUAUUCAGGGAAAGAGGCACAGAGGCACCUUAAAGAUGGAAAGCAGUGUAGUACCAAGUCUAGUCAAAAGAGAAGCCAAAAUACAAAUCUUGAUAAUGUAAUAGCACAAUUUGAGCACUCUCCAGAUGGGCUGCCGCGUGGAUGGAUUAAAGAGACAAAAUUCAGGAAGAGUACUAAACAAAGAAGCGGAAUGAGAAAAGACCCGUAUUACACUGAACCUGUGACUGGUUAUGUAUUCCGCUCACUGAAGGACUGUGUUCGCUAUAUUGAUACUGGAAAAAUUAGUAAACAUGCAUUUUUACCAAAGAACCUGCAGAAGAGCAACACAUCUUCCUCAGACAUGGAGUCCUCUCCACCAAACUCAGAUGAAGAGAUGGCUGAGGUGGUUGAGGAAUUGCCUGAAGGGUCCAAAUCUCCAUCUCCACAAGAUCGUUCAGCACAAUGUCAAAAUGCUUCUGAUUCUGCCUUCACAACUCAAUCAACUGUCGUACAAGAAAUGAAGACAAGGACCGGAAGUGAAGAAGUGGUGCAGUCAGUUACCGGAGAGUGGUCAGAGUCUGUGAAUCCUCCAAGUGAUGAGCCCUUGAUGCAAUCACAUGGUACACAACAAGAACCAUCAGUGAAUGAGCAACUGGAACUUUUGAGCAUCACUCCAAAGUCCACGGUGAAGUCAUCCAAAAGAUCCAGGAGGAAGUCGGAAGUAGAGCAGCUGUUAGAGACGCAAACUAACAUUGAAGAUCUGAACAAGUUUGGACGAGGAAACAGUCGGCUACCAGUGACAGAAAGCAAGAGUGUGAAUAUGGAAUUAGAGCCAUCUGCCGAGAAGUCAUCACUUCUUGAAGAUACUCAUUCUCUCUCUGUCAAUCAAGAGUCGAGCAAAGGAGCUAUGAAACACGGAAACAGUGGAGCAAAGGCUCACAAAACAAUCACCGGUCCUCGUCGGACGUCAAAGCGGUUGGCUAUACUUAAUUCUGUGCAGAAACCCGACCUUCAAACUUCAGACAUUCCUCAGCAGAUCAUUCAUAGUUCGUCGAAGAAAGCAAAAGAAGUAGCACCUCAAACAGAACCUGUACUAGUAAAACCAGAUGCUGAGACUGCUGAACAGCCAGCUGACUUGGAUAAAAUACUUGCAACCCCCUUCAGAGGCCCUCUUGUAGACAUAAUGGCAUGCCCAUGCAUUGAGUUUGCAGUCAGGACUCUAACUAAUGAUCUACCGGAAUUUGACGGCUCACUUGAUGAAUAUGUUCAGAGCCAGCUCAUGUCGCCACCGAGCUCUCAUCCCAGGUUCUUCAGUUUCUACUGCUCCUGAUGCUCAAGAUGGUCUCAUCCCCAUUACUGCAGUUGUAACCAAAACUAAACAGGAUGAGCAGCCUUGUUCUGCUGACAAGAUGACAAAGAAGGUUGCCAGAAGACCAGGUUAAACAAGUAGUAUAUAUAUAUAUAUAUAUAUAUACACUAGUCUAGUACUAUUGAAUUAUGCAUUUUGCUUAUUAGAAAAAAAAAAUCCUUAGUUCAGGUUUUUCAUUUUGGUUUCAGUUUUUGCUUAUCAAAAGAAAAACCAAAACCUAGUUGAGGUUUUGCAUUAGUUAAGGUUUUUGGGCUCAUCAAAAGAACAGA